CACCGAAACCUCUCUCCUCCUCCUUCGCCUUGAGUCUUGCAAUCUAUCCUCCCUUCAGAAGUCACCUUGCCGCGCUGCAGUCGGGUAUAUAAGGGUGGCUGUCGGCGACCAGAGAGCAUCUUCUUCUGAUCCUCACACCGACAACAUGAAGCUCGCCGUGUUCGCUUGCCUGCUGGCCCUGGCUGCUGCCGCCCCCCGCCCUGAACAGGACGCCACAGUGGUCCUCGACGAGCGCACUGACAACGGCGACGGCACCUUCACCUACCGCCUGGAGACCAGCAACGGCAUCGCUGAGGAGAGGACCGGCGUGGUUGGCGCCGAGGGCCAGAGCAACAUGCAGGGAUCCUACAGCUUCACCCUCCCUGACGGCACCACCGCUGUUGUUACCUUCAUCGCUGACGAGCUUGGCUACCGCCCCGAGUCCCCACUCCUGCCCACCCCCCAUCCCCUCCCCGCUCACGCCCAGGAACAGAUCCGCAUCGCCGAGGAGCAGCGCGCCCAGGGCAUCACCUUCGAGAGGAAAUAAGCUGAACACAACCCGAACCACGAACUUGUUUUUCCCUUCAGCCCGCUCUACUCGGGCAGCCUCACUCUUAAUCUUUUACAUGCAUUAUAUUUUUAUCAAUAAAAUUUCAAGCACAUGA